UUAAUUUUUCGCAUUUUUCAAUUUCGUUUUUCUGUUGUUGUCCUCUUUAACAUACAUUAACCGGCUAAUUAAAAAUUGCUAAAAAGAAACCAAAUCAAAUUAAAGCAACAAAAAAAAACUCAAAGUUUAUACAAAGUCAUGUUUAUUGAACAAAAAGAAAAAACACGAAAACAAAAAGCGUGAGUUCCACAUAAAGGCCCGAAAACAGAAAAACAGUUCCAAUAAGUCUAAUAAUAAGACUGCAAAAAUCAACAAAACAAAUACGACGUGAACGACAAUUAAAUUGUGCAAUAUUUUUGAAGCAUUAAAGACAAGAAACAGUAAAAAAAAAUACAAAGAUACAAGUGUUCUUUAAAAAAAAGGCUAAUAUCGACGAGAUGUCAACGAAACAAUACCAAACACGGUUACACCAUAUCGAGAAGUUAUCCAAUGAGAAAGCCGCUAACCUUUUGGAGGAUUUGUAAUGGACGACAGAUAUAAAUAACAACUUGUUUGUGAGAGACUUUUGAAUGCUCGAGAGGAUAGAGGAUUCCAAAUUAAAACGACCAAAAUAUAAGUAAAAACUAAAAAAUCAUUACUACAAGACUUUUUGAUUCAAAAGUUCUUAAAUCCAAAUUAAAUGAAGUCAAAAAUAAACUCAAAUACAAAAAUUGAAAUAACAAAACUAAAAAAAUUUAAUCAUGGUAAAAAUUAUGCAAACAUGUUGUAAAAAUUAAAUGCAAAAGACAUUCGCAUGUGUGUGGUGGUGGAAAGAAAAAUCAAAACUAAAUUCAUUAUUAGAAAGCGAAAAAAACGUAGAAGACGUAAAGAACCGAAUAUAAAACGUACCGAUCGUUAUUUAAAGUAGCAUCCAAGUUGAGAACAAAAUUUUAGAUUUUGGCGAUAUUAAACCUUGAGAUCUCAGCGGCCUUUGGAGGAAGGGAAAGGUAAAAUAUAGGAUAUCGAAGCAGCACAACUAAAAUAAUAAAAACCUUCAAGGAAUUUAUGCUGUGGGAAUUGACCACGUAAAGCCAAAAUUAUUAAAGAAAACACUAAUUGGAGCUAAAAGCUUAAAUACACAACAGAGCGAGUGAACAUCUCACAAUAACCAACAUUUGAAACUUUGAUAACAUUAAUAUAGUAUUUGAGAAAAUCACAGAACCACUAAGAAAUUCUCUGUGGAGUGUUUAUGAAUUGAGAAUAUUUGCAGAACCUAUUGCAUAUUGUAAUCAAAAAAAAAAGGAAAAAACUUUAAUUAUACACUUGCCCCCAAAGAGCGGCGAAUUUAGAAAACUUGAACAAGACACCUAUACCCAUACAAGGUAAAACCGGAUAGCAGUAAAGCAAAACAAAAAAAAAAAACAAGGCGAAACUAUUAUAAGAAUAUUCGAAAGUAUACUCUUUCGAUAACUGUGUGUGAGUAUUUAUCUGGGCCUGAGCCAAUCCAACUAAAACAUUUCUAAACAACAACAGCAAUAACAAUAAUUACUGCAGCAACAAAAGCAUCGAAAAUCGAAUAUCGACGAUUCAAAGAAGGCGAGCAGAGGCAAAAAGUAUUCAAUUCCUAACCCAAUCCAAGUAGAAACAGCAAAUCCACACCGACAGAUAGCAGAGCAGCGGCAGAGGACGUUGUAUAAUUUCCAAAACAAAUGUAUGUGUGUGUAUGAGAACAGUACAUUCGUGUUGGUAAUUGUCUGUUGACAGCUCACAUAAGUAAUAAAGUAAAUUUACAACAAAAACAAACAAGAAAACUUCUGUGUGAAAGAAAAGGCAAAAACUUGGCGAGCCAAUAGACGAUCCACGUACACGCACACAUACAGAUUCCAAUUGACAGAGCCUUCAUUUAUGUUUGUUUGUAUAUGUGAAUGCUGAAUGUGUGACCAUUGUAUGCUUCCAAAAGGCUGCAGCGUCCGCAAAGGUAGCUGAGCAAAAGCAGAAGCAGUGAAGCAGUGAAGCAUUACACAGCGACUUGACGGAGGAAAGUCAGCGCUCACCACUCAUUGUUGCUAGCAGAGGCUCGUAACGAAGUUGUAGAUUGCGUUUUUAGGUUGAUAAAGGGAGACAAGAAAGGAGAGAAAAUAAAGGAGAGAGCACUGAGUUCGUUACAACUGCGAGCUCUGGAAGAGAAUACGUUAUUCGCCCAAGCUGUUGACAUCUUAUGAUGUCAUCAGAGGAGGACACAGACUGUUUUGGAUUGUACAGCGAUGAUAAGUUAUUACUAAAAGCGGCCACAACAUCAUUUUCCAAACUGGCUGAAUCCUCAUCUUCGCCGCCGUUGUUAGAAUUGGAAGCCGACAUCGUGGUAAAGCAAGAGUCACUCUCGCUACUACCCCCACCAACACCGCCACUUCAGUCAGCAAAGAGCGUAAAGAACAACUCAAACCAAAAUCUCAACAACAACAAUAGUAGUAACGCCAACAGCGGUAGUAAUAAAAAUAAAAUCCAUAGCAAUAGUGGCAAUAGCAGCAUUAGCAGCAUUAGCACGACUCUCGAGGAAGUCCACGAAAGCGAACUUUUCGAAAACGACAUCGUCAACGGUGGCGGCAUUGACGACGACGACGACGACGAUAACGACGUUGUUGUCAUACUCGAAGGCGCCGCAAGUAGCAGUGAGGCCACAACUAACAGCCUGAGACAGAAUCGUAUUCGUAACUGCAAACGCAGCCGUAGUCGAAGCCGCAGCCGCAGUAGCGUCAGCGGCAGUAGUGGUGGCAAACAACAAGUCGUUCAAGUCGUGCAUGGCACAGAGCGAGCUAACGAAAGUAGUCCGUGUGGUGCCGUCAACAAGACAGCAACGAGCACCGCUAACUUAUCAACCCGCUCGAAGUCAACAACAGUGUUAGUGUCAUCGUCGUCGUCAUCGUCAUCGUCAUCAUCGAAAUUAAGCAAGAAGAACGCGUCCUCAUCUAGUGAAUAUCUUGUGAAUAAGAACAGUAAUUCGAGUAGUUUGAAUAAUAUAAAUAAUUGUGCCAGUACUAACAACUUAAACGUGAAUGUGAAUGGUAAUAGUGUUGCAGGAUCAGAGUCGAAACUAUUCGCGGCAGUACCACCGUUUAAUUCUCCUCAAUUACCCAACGUAUCCGGGUUCCAGGGUAGUACAAGUCCAACUUCGUUGCCAUUGCCAAUAACACUUUCACCAUCGCCGUCAUCUCCGAUUUUGCCGUCAACAGCGACUGCCUUCAUGAGUAGUGCUGCUGCGGCUGUCGCGGGCGCUGCAGGAGGAGCUCUGUAUGGAGCCUUAUUAAGUCAGAAUAAUUCAUCGUCCACUAACGCGAUCAACGGCAACCACGUUAGCACUAGCAAUAAUCAGCAUAAUAACGCAAACGCUUCUGGAUCCGCUUCCUCGUCGCCAACAGCAUCGUUACUGUCCGGUAAUUUUUCUGCGGCUCUUGGUAGCCUCUUCACGGCAAACGGUUUUGGUUCAGCAAAAAUGUUGAAUGAGUUAUUUGGUAGGCAGAUGAAGCAAGCGCAGGAUGCUACCAGCGGGUUGCCCGCGACUUUAGACAAUGCUAUGUUAGCUGCGGCAAUGGAAUCAGCCACUAGUGCAGAACUAUUAAACGCAGCCGGUUUGGUAAAUAGUUUAGGCCUCAAUGCUACCAGUAAAUUGCUCAAUAAUAAUACGAUAAAUAGUUUGAAUAAUUUAAGUAAUACAAAUUCAUCUGCGACGUCUGGUUUAAACAAUGGUAAUGCCAACGCCGAUAACCAGCAAACGGUGCAUGCCGCAUCCGCCUCUCAAUCGCCUAAGAAUAGACGGGUGAGUAAUUGUAGUGAUAGGUCUGUGGAUGAAGUGAGCUCCCGUGCUGGCGAUGUGAACUCCCCUCCACGUGCCUCUUCCGUCAGUUCUGCGCCAGCGGUAGGAGGAGGUGUUGCCACCUCUUCGGAAAGGACUUCACCCAGUGCUCAGCAACAACAAAAUGAAUUAGCUCACCAUAUGCUAAGGAAUAUUUUACAAGGUAAAAAAGAGCUAAUGCAACUCGACCAAGAGUUGCGAUCCGUAAUGAGUCAGCAGCAACAGCAACUCGCAGAUAAUCAAAACACGCUCAAGCACAAUAACAAUAACUUAUCCUCGGCCACUAACAAUAACGUGGCAGAAAAGGAUUCGAACAAUGUAAUAAAUCUAUUAGAAGACACCAUGUCUGACAUUAAGAUUAAAUGUGAACCCAAUCAGAUGCAAAAUAAUGCUGAUUCCGCGAUAGAUGAGCGUAGGAAAUCCACAGAUUCUGAAAUUGGUGAUUCACAGCAGGAAGAAGACCAACAGUCUGAAGCUGAUAAUAUGGAACACCAGCACAUGGACGAUGAUCAACAUCAAUCAGAUUUGCCAGUUGGUGUAACUAAAAAGGAGGCAGAUGAUAUCCUCGAAGAUGUGGAAUUAAUGGGUUUGAAUUCACGCUCCGACUUGGAGUCCUUGGCGUCGCCGAGUCAAUCAGAAAUGAUGCUUUUAGAGAAUAGCAAGGAUGAAUUGGAGGAAGAACUUGAAAAGGAUGUCACUGCCACAAUGUCUAAGAAGCCCGGUUUGGAUAUGAAAAGAGCUCGUGUCGAGAAUAUUGUCACCACAAUGCGUUCCAGUCCAUCGUCUCAUCAAGCUCAUCUACAAGUGAAUGGCUGUAAGAAGAGAAAAUUGUAUCAACCUCAACAGCAUGCAAUGGAACGUUACGUAGCAGCUGCUGCGGGUCUGAAUUUCGGUUUGAACUUGCAAAGUAUGAUGUUGGAUGAAGAAGCAUCCAAUGAGAUGGAAUCUCCACAAAUUCAGCAGAAGCGCGUUGAAAAGAACGCGCUUAAGUCUCAGUUGCGCUCAAUGCAGGAGCAACUAGCUGAAAUGCAACAAAAAUAUGUGCAAUUAUGCUCAAGAAUGGAGCAAGAAUCCGAGUGUCAGGACAUCGACGAUACUGCCAGUGAUAGCAUGGAACAAGAUGACAAUGCAGGCGACCUUUCUCCAUCGCCAUCUCUAACUGGAGAAUCAAGUUUAAAUGUAAAAAUGCCACCAGAUGCUGAACGACCCAGCUCUACUUCACCGACCCUUCCACUGAAAGGUCAAAAGCACCUAGCCUCGCAAAAUUCCAUGUCCCUAGAUAAUGCGCCGAAUGUAUUGUCACAAAUGAUGAGUAAAAUGAUGUCCUCACGAUCACUUGUGGGACAUCCACAUAUGCAACAAUCGUUUAAUGGCCCUCUGCCUCUACUUCAGCAUAUGCCUCAAAUGCAAAGCGAUGCCGGGGCCGCUCAUUUGUCUCAUCCCGCUAUAAGCAAUGCUGCUGCCAUGUAUCUGGGACAACAAUUCUUCUUUGAACAAGAAGCCCGGAUGGCAAAGGAAGCCGCUGAGCAGCAGCAGCAGCAACAUCAAAUACAGCAACAGCAGCAGCAACAACAGCAGCAACAGCAACAACAGCAGCAGCAGCAACAACAAGAGCAGGAGCAGCAGCGUCGUUUUGAACAGGAGCAACAACAGCGGCGUAAGGAGGAGAAGCAGCAACAACAGCAGCAGCAGCAGGCACAGCAGCAAGCUGCACAACAACUCCAACGGCAACAACAAUUGCAACAAAUGCAACAACAUCAUUUGGAGCAAUCUACACCAGUCUCGGUAAAUCAGCCCACACGAUCGCAACUACACCACAAUCGUCUGCAUCAGCGCCACGGUAAUCACUCCUCCCUCAAGUCAGAAUUAUCCGAGAAAUUCAACAUGCUGAGAUCCAGCUCAAACUCGAUUAUGCGAAUGUCCGGUUCGGACUUAGAAGGGCUUGCCGAUGUACUGAAAUCCGAAAUUACUACUUCACUGUCAGCGUUGGUGGACACGAUCGUCACACGAUUCGUUCACCAACGCCGUCUUUUUAGCAAACAAUCGGAUUCAGUAGCGGCAGCUGCCGAGCAACUCAACAAGGAUUUGCUUAUGGCAUCCCAGAUUCUUGACCGCAAAUCGCCCCGCACGAAAGUUGCAGAUCGGUCGCAAUCCAACGCUAUCAUCAGCAGCAAUACAAAUAAUUCCAAUGCAGGAUCAGUUCAAUCCGUAAUUAACGGAAACUCUGUAGUCAACUCUGCAGCGGCUCAAUCAGGUAAUAAUGGUUCUCUUCUUCUAGUUAAUAAUACCUCCUCAACUAACCAAUUAAAUAACAAUGUGCCCAAUAAUCACCUGGGGCACUUACAAUCUACUGUAAGUAACGGCCCCCAAAUGCAUGUCGGUCCGGGUCCCGCUAUAACUUCCGGCGGUGUAGCAGUACCUCAACAUCCGCUAGCUAAUAGCCAAGCGAACGUCAUAGCGUCUUCAAAUGGCCAAACGAAUGCACAACAUGCGCAGCAAAUGGCUCAAAUGUCAGCGUUAAAUGCGCAAAAUUGUCAAAGCCUCAUCGCCGCCCCGCGUCUCAAUGGCAAUCAGUUGUCGUUUCCGUCUCCGGCUGCGGCUGCAGCUGCAGCAAUGGGUCUGCAAAUGCAUCAUGCAGCAGCUGCAGCUGCAAUGUCCGCAGCCGCCGCUAAUCAGCAAAACCAUAAUCAACAGAUCGCGAACGAUAGUUCUAAUCAGAAUCCAUUAAAUCCGAGUCUCAACAUGAACUCGAAUCCUAGCACAAACAAUACUAACAAUAGCUUAAGUACAAUUAAUAUACCACCUCCUCAUAUACGUCCUUCGCCCACAGCGGCAGCAAUAUUUCAGGCACCUAAGACACCGCAAGGAAUGAAUCCGGUCGCUGCAGCAGCGCUCUACAACUCCAUGACCGCUGGAGGAUCUAAUCAAAUGAGUCCCUUCUGUAUGCCCGAAACGCGUGAAGCUCAACAGCAGCAACAUCAACAACAACAACAGCAACAACAGCAGCAGCAGCAACAACAACAACAGCAACAGCAGCAGCAACAACAACAGCAGCUACUAGAGCAGAAUGAAGCUCUCAGUUUGGUUGUAACACCGAAGAAGAAGCGCCAUAAGGUCACUGACACCCGCAUAACUCCGCGUACUGUCAGCCGCUUACUUGCACAGGAUGGAGUCGCACCGCCGAAUUCCGUUACCGCAAGUGGCAUACUUGACGGUAGUGGCAAGUUCGCUCCUAUGGGAGCCCAGUCCAGCCAACAGCAACAGUUGCAGCCCAACACAAGCCAAUCAAAUUGCAAUCCACAAAAUACAUCCAAUAAUAGCACAAAUGCCACGCCAGUCAAUGUGAAUACCACCGGCAAUAUUGGCAAUAUCAACACGACGCCAGCACAAAGCCCAUCGCCACGUGCUCAAGCGCCAACCUAUCAUCCGCCGCCACCACCACCACCCAUGUUGCCCGUGUCACUGCCCACAUCUGUGGCAAUACCCAAUCCAUCGUUACACGAGUCGCAAGUCUUCUCGCCCUACAGUCCAUUCUUCAAUCCUCACCCGCCGCAUGCGCCACCGCCACCACCACCCCCGCAUGGUCCCCACGGCGGUGCUCAUAACACGCCCACAGCUGCCCAAAUGCAUCACAUGAAGAUGUCCUCAAGCCCUCCUGGCCUUGGCGGCCUAAUGGACUCGCGCGAAUCACCGCCGCUGCCUCAUCCACCAACAAUGCUGCACCCUGCCCUGCUGGCUGCCGCCCACCAUGGCGGAUCGCCCGACUAUAGUGCGCAUCUGCGUGCGGCCAUGGAUGCACAAGACCGCAACUCGGAUUGCAAUUCUGCUGAUAUGCAAUUCGAUGGAAUGCAGCCGACAAUAUCAUUCCUAAAGCAGCAAAUGAUCAAAAAUAGCGACUCGUUGAGUCCACUACACUCUUCGACAUUAACGCCAAUGCAUCUGCGCAAGGCAAAAUUGAUGUUCUUCUGGGUGCGCUAUCCGAGCUCAGCGGUACUGAAGAUGUACUUCCCAGAUAUUAAAUUUAACAAGAACAAUACAGCACAAUUGGUGAAAUGGUUCUCGAAUUUUCGAGAAUUCUACUACAUCCAAAUGGAGAAGUAUGCACGGCAGGCGGUUACUGAAGGCGUCAACUGCGCUGAUGAGCUACAGGUUGGCGGUGACAGCGAGCUGUAUCGUGUUUUGAAUCUGCAUUAUAAUCGCAAUAAUCACAUUGAGGUACCGCAAAAUUUUCGCUUUGUGAUCGAGCAAACACUUCGCGAAUUCUUUCGCGCCAUCAAAGGUGGUAAAGAUACCGAACAAUCGUGGAAGAAGGCAAUCUAUAAGGUCAUUUCGCGCAUGGACGAUCCAGUGCCCGAAUAUUUCAAGUCACCCAACUUUUUGGAACAAUUGGAAUAAGAGGAAAGUGAACGCAAUCGCGUUAUUAACAUGCUUCGUACAAAUUUGAAACGCAAAUCCAAAUCAAUCAAAACUUCGAAAGUUUCGACAACAAAAGUAACAACAACAACAACAAUAACAACAACAGCAUCACUAGCAGAAGCAGCAGCAGCAUCCAAAGCAGCUAUACCAACAAAUGUGCAUGCAGCGUCAACAGCGACCACAGCCAGCGCAAUAAAAGUUGCAACAACAACAACAACAACAACAAACGCAUUAACCGAUUUAGCAAGCGUAGUUGUAAAUUCAUACCAACAAAAUUUGGGGAGCAUCAAUUAAUUUAACGAUAUUUAAUUUUAAUUCCUUUAAUUCAUAGCAUUUACAUACAUAUGUAUCCUUUUCACUACGCCGAGCUUUUAAUAGCAUAACGAUCGAAGUGUGAGAUAGCUUACAACAAACGGGACGCAAAUUUAGAAACCAAAUUUAAACGACAAACAUAUUGACGCAAACAUUUUGAAACCAAGAAAGAUAAAAACUUUAAAUUAAGAUUAAUUAUUUAAAAUUAUUACAAAUUUCAUAUUUAUGUGCAUACAUACUGACAUAUGAACGUCAAUUGAAGUACCACGUUAAAUACAUAAACGAAGGAAAAAUAUCGACAAAUUUUGGACAAAAGAAUUACAAUACUAUGAAAAUGAUUUGUUGACCAAAAGGUAAUUUUCACAGGCUGCUGCAAGCAAAUCCUAAACAAAACUUCGCAAGCAUUUCAAUAUUUUUGCUAUAAAUCACUUUUUCAGUUUUCAUUCGCGAAUUGCGUUCACAAAAGUAACACAAAAACUACAAACCAAAAACGAAAAACGAAAAAAAAAGUUAUUCAAGAAAAACCAAAAACGAAAAGGUCCUGAUUGUUAACGAUUGUUGGGUAUUUUGCAAAUCAUUUCGACACGACAAACAACAAAAAGUCCACGUUUAUUUUAUUGUAAUAUCAAAUAUUCACAGCACUUACCGUUAAUGGUGCAUUAUCAUUCUUCGAUACGAAGGAUGGAACCAAAGCUUUAGCAAUAGAAGAACACACCUUACCCUCAAUAUAGAAACAAACAUUAACACACAUACGUACAUAAAUGCAUUAUCAUGCACUCACAUAACCCUGUUAUACAUAUUUACAGAGAAGUAAUUGCCUUAUGUAAUAUGCCUACACGUAUUCCUAAGGCCAUUGUGUUCUUUCAGAAAAAGAAAUUGCAUACAACAAAAUAUAAAGUGGCUAUGGAAAUAUCAGUGCAAACUGCAUCUGCUAGAACGAAUAGAAAUACUAUAUACAAAUUUUUAAUUUAUUACUGUACAUACAUAUAUACAUAUGUACAUAAAUCAGAUAUAUAUUUGAAAUAUCCAUGUUAAGUUGUCGUUUGGAUUUGUUUACAGGACAUACAUAUAGCUACGCAAACACACACACACACACACGAACUCGAUUACCCACGUACCCACACAUAUGCAUGUCACAUACAAUACAAAUACUUUCACCUGAAUAUCACAUAAAGUAUAAUGUUAGUUAAGACAAGAAUUCAUUUAUCAAUCGCUUCACCAAUUCAAAAGCAAACACACUCAAACAAACAUAAUUCAUAUGCGAUUACACAAAAAUAAUUUA